ACAACAAACAUUUCUUCGUCUAGUGCAAAAUGGCGACGCCAAGCCCAAGAAAAUUUCAGGAAAAGAUAGCGUUACUGCAACAAAGAGAAGCCGAAGGAAAACUAGAGUAUGAGCAGAUUAUGACAGAAGUCCAAGGGCUGACUAGAGCUCCAAAGUCCACAAGUCAAGUCAAACAACAGCAGUUGCUGCAGCCACAGACACAGCAUCAUCACCUUCAACAGCACCAACAACAGCAACAGCAACAACAACAACAGCAGCAGCAGCAUCAUCCAUCUAGACCACCUCAAGGUGGCUCACUUCCUGACUUCUCAAUUAAUUUGCCGCAGGGUAGGGGGCCAGGAUUCUACCCACAGGGUUCACUUCAGGGUGCAAUGCAGGAUCUGAACAAUUUACGGCAAGAAGUUUACCCAGGUGCUGGUAUAUCACAUCAGAGGAUAUCAGUAUCCCCACAGAUGCGACAACAUCAACACUCCCAGCACUUGGCCACCUCUCCAACUCGACUACAUUAUCAUCCAACACUGCUGUCUCCUCCAGAGGCUCUAUCACGCUCCAUCUCUGAUUCCUCUCUACACCAAAACCUGGUUCAAGGCAAGGCAGUUAACAAUCGGAAAGUCUCUGCUCCAGUGGAAGGAAUUCGAACAGAUCCUGCAUUGGGUGUCAGUUUUUAUGAGUCGGUGAGACUUGGGCAUGAACCACAACCCAGACCGAAGUCAGGUUGUGAAUUAACGCACCCAUCAGAUAUUACUGCGAUAAACCACAUACAGCGAAGUGCAAAUAUUCCCAUUCCCACAUCAAUAAACAAUGCUGGAGGAGCUGGACCUGGGGGAGGUGGAGGGGGAGUAGGAGCGCUACCAAAUACCGGCUCUCUUCCUGACUUGACGCAAGUUCAAUAUCUGCAGCCUAUGAAUCCCCCUUUGCCUGAUACAGACUUGACAACCUUACAGAAUUUGCAACCAGGCUCACCUCGUCUUGGUUCAGGCUUCUCUUCAGGGGGGCUUGGUGAUCCGUAUAGUAGUGGACAAGCCUCUCCCAGGGGAACAUCCCCAGGACCUUCACCAUCCCUUAUAAGAAAACAGAAACAAAAACCUUAUCAACCUCUACACAUAAACCGUGUAUCACACCACUCCCAAAGCAAAAAUCAUUUGUCUGUCCCUACUGUAAUUAAUGCACGCUACCUCCAUACAUGUAAGGGAAUGACUGUAGACAACAGCAGCACAACGGUGGACACACACCUUGCCAACUCCGGAUUCAAUCUUUUCGGACAACCUCUGUCUCCUAGUGGGUCCCACCCAGCUAGUCCAAACCACCUCUCCUUCAUGGAUUAUAGAAAUCCUGUUAGUCCUCAGCUCAGUCCAAGAAGUUCACCUGGACCUUGUCAUUCUCUUCAUACUGGUGGCCUGGGAAGCUAUAGCAGUAACAGUCCAAGUGACUCUCGUAGUGCACCUCCUUCCCCUAGUGCCCCCCAGGCAUCUCCGGUAUCAUCCCCAGGAAUAUCUAUCUCUAAACCGUUCAACUAUGAGUAUCAAACACACGCACAAACUAAUCAGCUCAAUCAGCAGUUUGAGCAGUGUAAUAUGAUUGAUAACUCUCCAGGUUCGAACAGUAGCUAUGCGUCUAGUGGAAACAAUAAUAUGCAACAGCAGACAAGACUGAUGGACAUUAGUUUAGAAAGCAGUGGGGGAAGCAGUUACUAUAGUAGUACUGCGUCUUCAAGUCCAAGUGGUCCCCCACCAGCAUACCCCAUCCCAACUAGCCAAGCACUCACGCAGACGCUUUCUCAAAAUGUUUCAUCUGCUCACUCUCAGCCUCAUUCCCAACCAACGGGUCCACCGCCUCCAUACCCGCAACACAGUCCAACGUCUCCUGCUCACCACCAGCAACAACAGUCACAACAGCAUCAACAACAGCAGCAGCAACAGCAUCAACAACAACAGCAGCAGCAGCAGCAGCAGCAACAGCAGCAGCAACAGCAACAGCAGCAGCAGCAGCAACAACAGCAGCAGCAACAGCAACAACAGCAACAACAGCAGCAGCAGCAACAACAACAACACCAGCAACACCAACAGCAUCAGUCCCCUACGCAUCCUCAACACCAUCCUCCUUCUCCUGUCCAGCCCAUAUCUUCACAUCACCCUCCAUCUCCAGGUCAAGGCCCACUUAGUCCAUCCUCCAACCAAAACCCAUCAUCAGUCCAACACCCUCCAACUCCACAAACACCACAAACUCCAACGUUCAUCCCUAGAGUGGUAUUAACAAUACAUGAUGGAAAUGAAAGUGAAGGCCUACUACAAGAUGACAUCAGUUUUGGAGAUGUAUUUGGUAAUUCAAAUCCAUAUGAACAAGGCUCCUUUGAAUCAGAUAUUCUUGAAAAUAUGAGUAGGCUUGAUGAAAAUGAGCUGAGUAUGAUGGUGGACCAAGGUACAGUAGACCAGUUACUAGUGGACCAAGAAACUGAGGAAAGCUUCCGGAGAGACCACCGCACCACAUCCUCCACAUCUUCUGGACCCUAACCUCUGCCUACAUCUGCAUUGGAUAUUGACUCUUAUAAACAUUGCCAAUACAGACUCAACCAUGACUGCUGGUAACCACCUGAAGCUGCCAACCACCUGAGUUG